AAGACACUUCUCUUUCCUCGUCUCUUCAUCAGGUCUUCGCUGGAGUCAGUGUCGAGAGCCUUCCAACAUGGCACAGCUUACGAACAAAACGGUGUUGGACCGGUAUCUGAAGCUUGAUAUCCCGGACAAUAAAUGCCAAGCUAUGUACGUGUGGGUGGACGGCAGCGGGGAGAACCUGCGCUCCAAGACCAGAACCCUCAACUUCAUCCCCAAAAGUCCCAGUGAGCUCCCCAUUUGGAACUUCGAUGGGUCUUCUACUGGCCAGGCCGAAGGCAGCAACAGCGACGUAUACCUGCACCCGGUGGCCCUCUACAGAGAUCCUUUCAGAUUGGGCGACAACAAACUAGUUCUCUGUGAGACCUACAAGUACAACAAGAAACCCACUGACACCAACAGGCGAUGGCAGUGCCUAGAGGUCAUGCAGAAGGCCGUUGAGCAGCACCCCUGGUUCGGCAUGGAGCAGGAAUACACACUGCUUGAUUUCGACAUGCACCCCCUGGGUUGGCCCAAGAACGGCUACCCGGGGCCCCAGGGACCCUACUACUGCGGCGUAGGAGCCAGCAAGGUCUACGGGCGCGACGUGGUGGAGGCCCACUACAGAGCCUGCCUCUACACGGGCAUCAACAUCUCGGGAACCAACGCUGAGGUGAUGCCCGCCCAGUGGGAGUUCCAGGUGGGUCCCUGUGAAGGUAUUAGCAUGGGUGACGACCUCUGGAUGGCGAGGUACCUCCUGCACAGAGUCGCUGAAGAUUUUGGUGUCACGGUCAGUUUAGACCCGAAGCCCAUCCCCGGCGACUGGAACGGCGCCGGCAUGCACACCAACUUCUCCACGGCGGCCAUGCGAGAACCAAACGGCAUCACGGCCAUUGAGACUGCCAUCGAGAAGCUCGGAAAGGUCCACUCAGAGCACAUCCGCGCCUACGACCCCCACGGAGGCAAGGACAACGAGCGCCGCCUCACGGGUCUCCACGAGACGUCGUCCAUCCACGACUUCUCCGCCGGCGUGGCCAACAGGGGCGCCUCCAUCCGUAUCCCCAGGGGCGUGGCCGAGGAGAAGACGGGCUACCUGGAGGACCGCCGCCCCUCGUCCAACGCCGACCCCUACGUCGUGUCCGAGAGGCUCGUCCGCACCAUCUGCCUCGACGAGAGUUAAUUCUCACAACACGCACGCCUCCCCUUUUCCCCUACAGCUUAGGAAACCCACUACUUCUCCUUGUAUAAAGUUAAUUAUGCAACUCAAGGGCCAGUGACAACCUCGUCUCGGAAAGAGGUAUCCAGUUAUUUAUCUAUCGUGAAUGACCCAGGUUAUCCGAGAACGUAAAUCUCAUUCAUCGUUUUUUAUUCACAAACGGCGUUUCAUUAUACGGAUGGACAUUCAUU